AUGGACCCCUACGCAGUUCGAGCAAGCCAGCUCCACCAAGGCCAAGGGAGCCACACACAUUUGAUGAAGAAGAAGAAGAGGAGCCACAAGCUCGAUCGAGCUAAGUUUGGGGGUGCCAACUCGAGCUCGAUCGAGUUGGGUGUAAAAACCAGAAAAGUGGUCUUUUGGAGCAUUCUGGAGCAUAUGGGACGUGAGGAGCAUGGAGGGACUUGGCAUGGACGCAGCUCAACUGGAUACGCAAAGGAAGAAGGAGAAGCCAUCUUGAAGACCAGCUCGACCACCACUCGACCAACCGGUCGAGUUCCUCAACUCGACCGGCCAAGCUUCAACUCGAUCGAGCUGAGAAGUCAACAGUCAAACCCGAAAAAUGUUGCUUCCCCCUUGACUUUCCUUUGA